AUGGAGGCCGUUCAUAAUAAACUCAGACAAUCUUUCAGUUUUGCCAAUGGAGAAAACAAAGAAAUUAGAAUAGUCAUGCUACCCGCUGAAGAAAAUAAAAGAAAGCUCUAUGAAGCAUCAAAGAUUGGCUCCAUUCAGAGCUUGGAGACACUAAUUCAAGAGGAUCCACAUAUCAUUCAAAAAGUUCUAAUCUCCUCGUCGUCCAAUACCGAGAGUCCAUUGCACGUGUCGGUUUUGCAUGGCCAACUCGAAUUCACUCGGUUUCUUUUGGAUCUCAAGCCCGAACUUGCUGGUGAAGUCGACGCCCUCCAACGAACACCCCUCCACUUAGCUUCAGCAAAUGGAGAGGUUGAGAUUGUUCAAGCUUUGUUGGAGAAGAACACUAGCGCUUGCUUGGUUCGCGAUUUGAAUGGGUUGAUUCCUCUACAUCAUGCAGUGAUAAGUGGGCAAAUCGAAAUCAUGCAAGAGUUGAUCCAUGCAAGGCCACAAUCCGUUUGGACAAAGCUUCACAAUGGUCAAACUGUUUUACAUUUAUGUGCAAAAGAUAAUCAUUUAGAGGCCAUUGAGAUGUUGAUCAAAACACUGAAGAUCCACAAUGAUGAAGAGUUUCUGAACACAGUUGAUAACAGCGACAAUACUGUUUUGGACCUGUCUCUAAUGUUAAGACAAAUUGAGAUAGUACGGUAUUUACUAUCUAUCCCAGGAAUAAAAGUUGGAACAAGUAUGAUGAGUAGUUGCGUUGCCUCAAAUGGAAAUGGAUCGUCAUGUCAAAGUUUAUCAUGUAGAAUUGAUCAAGAUGUCUCAAGGGUAAGAGAACAAUGUAUUGAAGCAUCAUCGACAUGCGCAACGUCGAAAAAGUUGAUGAAAAGUUCGUGGAAGAAGCAUCUUAAGUACAAAGGGGAUUGGCUUCAAGAUGUCCAGGGUACAAUGAUGUUGGUGGCAACAGUGAUCGCAACUGUGGCUUUUCAAGGUGCAAUCAACCCUCCUGGCGGUGUUUGGCAAGAAGAUAUUCAUUUCAAUCCCAAUACCACUGCUCAUCGUUCAUAUUAUCGUCACGAUAAUUUGAUAGCUUUCAUUGCUGGAACUGCGGUGAUGGCCUAUCCAACAUCAAACCAAGGAUAUGGUUACAUCACUUACUUGAUUAUGAAUAGCAUCUCUUUUCUUGCAUCAAUAUGUGUGAUUAUAUUCAUUAUAGCUCGACUGCCUCUGAGAAAUAGGAUUUGUGCAUGGCUGUUGACAGUAACUAUGGGUCUGAAAGCUUUUCAGUCAAGACUGAUCGAGGCUGUGGGGAUUGCUUCCUGUGAUCUCAUUGAUGAGUAG